AUGGCAAACAAGCAAGCGGAGUUCUCCAGACUCUUGGAUCUCCCUGGUGAAAUUAGGAAUCAUAUAUAUCGGGAAGUUUUAUGCUGUUUCGACCCAAUAGUACCAACCGCAGCGGGAUUCGGGAUCAACCAAGGAGUAAUCCCUGCCACCCACUCUGUCGAUAUAGCUAUCCUUCGUACAUGUCGCCAAGUCCACCGCGAGGCCUACGAUGUCAUGGUGAAGACGAAUCAAUUCAUCAAGAUUUCGAGCGUUGACAUCGACCUCGCACGCCUGCUUCUCUCCUCGGGCCUACCCGUUGUCACUAUGGAUCGCGCGGUUGCCGGGCAAUUCCAAGGUUGUGUCAUGAGUGUUGAUUUGAGCGUAGUGCCAGGAGAUUGGGUGGGCCAGCCAUGGGAUGGUGAUGGGCAUUGGGAGGAGGACUUCAACGAGGAGAUUCAUGCCCAACCUGCUGGAACUGGACCACAAUUCAAUUUCCUCAUUCUAGGGCGCGAUUGGAGCAGCUUUUGCCAUAUGCUCAGCGAAGGGACUGCUUUUUUUGAGAGAUUCGAGAAAAAUGUCAAGAUUGAGCUCAAGAUGAACGCCUGGCCUGAGCAUAUUCCGGAUUAUAAGGCCACAAUAGCACACUACUUCACGGCGGACAGACAAGCCACUCUGUUGGGGAGCUUUGGCAGCAUUCUUCGCAACUUCGAAAAUGUAGUCAUCGGUGGCACGAUUGACGAGCAUCUCGCUAUCUCUACGGUACGGGCAGUCGCCGGUCGACAAUGGACCUCACACGAAGACGUGAUUCACGAACUCAGCGCCCGGAAAGAUACCGCGAAGACAGCAAGCAGCCAAGACUCAUUGCAGAUGUACAUGGACGCCGUCAUGCUUAUGCGUCGUAUCUAUGGAUCUGCUGAUUUCUCUAGACUCGUGGAAGAAGGCGAUGUCGCGUUUGUCAGCUCGUUUGCAGAACUCUACUUUACCGUCCUACUCGACGCGUGUCAGCCUAUCCUGGAAAUAAUGCGUUCUCUGGAAUUCGUCCGCCUCCAAGCCUGGAGCAAUGUCAUCUAUGAGCACGUCUCACUUGCUCAAGAAUCCCUCGAUAAUCUCGCCGAGGAUGGCUCCAUCUAUGAACCCACCUCUGUGGUCAUGGCGCAGCUUGCGUAUAUCAUUGCAGUGUGUAGCAGACUUCUGGGCCAGGCAUUGCCACAAGAUCACGCAGUGGAUACUAUAAUGACAGCGGUUCGACUGAAUCCGACGGACGCAGCGAUCCUAGCAGAAAGGGACAGGAUAACUGGGUGGAGACGUGCACUGGUUCCAACGACGCGAGUUAGCAUUCGGUCAGCCCUGGAAUGA